GGAAUGCUCGCUCUGCUGUCUCUCUGCGUGGGAGCGCUGCUCUCCUGUCGGGCGUCUCCGGACUGCACGCGCCCUCCCUGCAGGGACAACCUGGUGGCGGCGGUCGGCCCGCCCGGCGGCGCCUGCGAGGGUCAGCCGGCGUGCAGGAGGGGUGUCUUCUUGGAGCACAGGCCGGACUUCGGCCAGAUUCAGCCUCAGGGCGGUGGUGUGAAGGAGCGUCUGGUUCAGCUGCAGCGCUGCAUGCUUUCUCUCCAGGAAUCGGGGGGAGUCUGGAUGGGCCAGGACAGCAACUCACUGGGGGCCAUCCUGGCACUAAUGGCGGCUGUGCUGACAGAGUGUGACCUCCGCUGUCACAGCCAGGCCCUGGGGGCCAUGGCGAAGCGACUGGGAAGUGCAGCUGUGGGAAGAGAAGGGGAGAAAGACCUGCUUCUUUUCCUCAGGAGCAUUACGCAUCAUCCUCCUACAGUCGCACCAUUGGAAAGGUUGCAUCCUCAGGACUGUGCAGAGAUUUACAGACUGGGGAUCAAAGAGAAUGGUAUCUACACCAUCCAGCCUGACCUGCACAGACCAGCAGUGGAGGCUAAAUGUGACAUGGUGACGACGGGAGGCGGGUGGACAGUGAUCCAGAACCGCCAGGACGGCUCAGUGGACUUCAACAGGACGUGGCAGGAAUACCGGGAGGGCUUCGGGAAUCUGCAGGGAGAGCACUGGCUGGGCAACGCCGCACUGCACACGCUCACCUCCGCCGGCCAGCACCAGCUCCGUGUGGAGUUGGAGGACUGGCACCAGCAGAGGCGUCACGCCACCUACAACAACUUCAAAGUAGCCGCAGAGGCACAGAGGUACCGCUUGACAGCUCGUGAGUACUCCGGUGAUGCAGGCAACGCACUGAGCUACAGCAAACGUUACAACCACGACGGCAGAUCCUUCAGCACCACAGACCGAGAUCACGACCGCUACGCUGCUGGAAACUGCGGUCAGUACUACGGUGCCGGCUGGUGGUUUGACGCCUGCCUGGCCGCCAACCUGAACGGGCGCUACUACCGGGGGCGCUACAGCGGGGUGACCAACGGUAUCUACUGGGGGACGUGGUACAUUCUGACCGACGGGCGAACCAGUGAGCGGUACUCCUUCAAGAGAGUCGAGAUGAAGAUAAGACCACGAAGUUUUGCCAGCGCCUCUUGAAGAUGGAGGGCGGGGGGAAAGGCGGCACAGUAACGGAAGGUGCAGAUGAGAAGUUAAACAUUUUCUACGGUUAUAAGUAAUCCUCAACUCAGCUAAACUCAACACACAGAUGA